AGUCACAUCAAGUCACUUUUAACACAUUUCCCCAAAAUUCAUGCACAUUUUCAAAUAAAAAAUCCGACCGUUGCAGUCUCAUCUUUAAAAAUAUAUAAAUAAUUUCUUCAGAGCAGUGAAAGACUAGAGAGAUCUGUGCAAUCUGAAAGCAAGUGUCAUCAUCACCAUGCUCGCCAUGAGAACAGCAGCGGAAGCUUCCAUGCCCAAAUCAAACCCUAAUAAUCCAUCAGAGAUCCAAGGAAACCCGAAGGCCUCUCUCUACGAACAAUGCCGAGAAGAGAGGAUCAAAGAGAAUCUUCAGCGCAUGCAGAACCUCGGCAUCUUGAAUCUCGCGAGAAAACUCCAAUCCGAGACCCGACCCGGUAAAAGAUCGCUCGGCAACUCCAACCCGGCUCCGAAGUCGACUCCUCCCACCGCUCCGUCCCGUCGAUCUUCCCGGUUGGAGAACACAACUCCUGUUGCCUACAACGAGAGAGACAAUGUGAAGGGUAAAAAAUCUAAGGGAGAGAGCUUGUUGAUUUAUGAAGGCCCAAGGGCGGAGGUUUACACAGAGGAGCAUGAGAAGCUGCUUGGGAACACAGAACGAAGCUGGACUUGUUUUGUCGAUGGCUAUGGCAAGGAUGGAAAAAGGAUUUAUGAUCCCUUCAAGGGCAAAACUUGUCACCAGUGCAGGCAGAAAACGCUCGGUCAUCGGACACAGUGCAGUGUAUGCGACUUGGUCCAAGGACAAUUCUGUGGAGAUUGUUUGCUCAUGAGAUAUGGGGAACAUGUGCUUGAAGCUCUUGACAAUCCAGAGUGGGUUUGCCCUGUAUGUCGCGGGAUUUGCAACUGCAGUUUGUGCCGGAAUCAUAAAGGAUGGGUUCCAACUGGUCCGAUUUAUAGAAGGAUAGCUAAACUCGGCUACAAGUCUGUGGCGCAUUAUCUGAUUCAAACCAAACGGGCGCAGAGUGAUGAUGCCACCCCGAAUCAAGCUUCUGCAAAGAGAUCACUUUCGUUUCAAGAAGCAAAACAACUUCCGGACAUUGCUGAUGAUGAUUUCCCUAAUGAAGUACCAACGCUUCAGAUUAUGGGAAGUCAAAAUGGUGAUUCCUUGAAGAAAGAGGAAGAUGAAAACACAGCAGACGAGAAUCAGAAUUCAGCUAAAAGGUCACUGAGCUUCUGCUUGCCUUCAGCGGAUGUUCAGGUCACUAGUGAUCAUCCAAAAGCUCAUGAAAAUAUUGAGGUUCUCAACGAGGAGGCAAAGACUGUAGGUAACUCAGUGAAUACUGGUGUAAGGAGAAGUGAGAGGAGAGCAUCUCUCGAACCCAAUUCAGAGAGCAUUGGCAGCUCUGUGAAUACUCGAAGCAAGAGGAAAGCGGCUCUUGAGGAACCUAAUCCAGAUAGUAUUGGUGCAAGACUAAGGCAACGUCGAAGGAGCCAAAGUGGCCUUUAGAUAGAAAGCUAUCUCUCAUUCUCGCUCACAUUUCCCCGUGUAAUGUUUUUUUUGUUGCUCCUUCACAAGGUAACCCUCUUUUGUUUCCCUCUCUGACUCUAUGUUAUGUUUUUUUGGUUGCUUGUUCAAGCUCCUUGACAGUUUAACACCUUUUCUGUUUCUAUUGGACCGAGUAAGAGUCCUUACAAACACU